GCUCUUGUCUCUCUCGCCUGAAGAUGCUCUCCUUCCCUUCCGUCGGCGGUGGUCCCCUUUCGGAGGGAAUGGGCGCCUUGGAGGCCACCCAAGCCCUUGGUGGGGCAUGUGGGGCCGCCAUGGUCCCUCGUGGGAGGCGGACUCGAAGGCGGAGCGACGGAGGGACCCGAGUGGGUUGGCACUGGCCGGAGAAGAGGCUCUCUGCCCAGGGAGAGGACCUAGAGGCCCAGAGGACCCCCCUCGGCAUCUGGAGAGCUGCUGAUGCCCAGUGGGGCCUGGAGUUGGCACUGGGAGGGGAGAGGGGCUCAGUGGGAGAGAGCAGGAGCCAUGUGCCCUGGCACCACUAGGCUCUGAAGGUGCCAAGGAUGCCCACUCCCCCGCUUGGCUCCAGUUGAGGGCUCUGCUUGGUCGGACAUGGCCUUGCCCUGCUUGCCCUGGCUCUGCUUGGCCGGCUGCCUCCUGCUGCCCUUGGCCCAGGGCUGUGGCCCCGGGAGAGGUCCCCCGGGCAGGAAGCCCCACGGGCGCAAGAACUUGACCCCGCUGCAGUACAAGCAGUUUGUGCCCGCCGUGGCAGAGCAGACCCUGGGGGCCAGUGGGAAGGCCGAGGGCAAGGUGGGCCGCCACUCCCCGCGCUUCAAGGACCUGGUGCCCAACUACAACCCGGACAUCAUCUUCAAGGACGAGGAGAACACGGGCGCGGACCGGCUCAUGACAGAGCGUUGCAAGGACCGGGUGAAUGCCUUGGCCAUUGCUGUGAUGAACAUGUGGCCAGGCAUCAGGCUGCGGGUGACUGAGGGCUGGGAUGAAGACGGACACCACCUUCCUGAUUCUCUCCACUAUGAGGGGCGUGCAUUGGAUAUCACCACCUCUGACCGUGACAGAGAGAAAUAUGGCAUGCUGGCCCGCUUGGCUGUAGAGGCUGGCUUUGAUUGGGUUUACUAUGAAUCCAAAGCACAUAUUCAUGUGUCAGUGAAGGCAGAUAACUCCAUGGCAAUUCGGGCUGGUGGCUGCUUUCCUGGGGAUGCAGCUGUGACUUUACAGAAUGGUGAGAAGAGAGGUCUCUCUGAACUUCGUCCCGGGGACUAUGUGCUGAGUGUUGAUCAGAAUGGGCAGGUGACGCCUAGUGAGGUGUUGCUGUUCCUUGACCGAGACCAGCAUCGGCAGGCCACGUUUGUGGCCAUUGAGACAGACAGCCCCAUGCACCGGCUGCUCCUCACUCCCUCACAUCUCAUCUUUGCUGCGCAGGAUCCCACCAACAGCACAGCUGACUUCUCUCCAAUCUUUGCCAGCCGGGUGCGUGUGGGGGACUCAGUGUUGGCGUACCAGGCUGGUAGCCCUCGACUGCACCCUGCCCAGGUGGUCCAUGUGUGGUGGCAAGAGAGCACCGGCGUGUAUGCCCCUUUGACUUCACACGGCACUAUCCUUGUCAAUGGGGUGCUGGCUUCCUGCUAUGCCGUGCUUGAAAGCCACCACUGGGCACAUCGUGCCUUCACCCCACUGCGACUCGUGCAUGGCUUGUUCUCACUGCUGCCUCGGAAGGGAGAGGCUAGGAACUGCAGCACCCAGGAGAAAGGCAUGCAUUGGUACUCACAGUUUCUGUACCAGCUAGCACAGAGUGUACUGGGUCAGGAUACCCUUCAUCCAUAGAGACUUUCCUGGCAAUUUGUUUGCCCUACAAACAGAAACGCAUUCAAACCAUAAGGACAAGGUGUCUGACACCAAUUUGGGCCUGCAUAUUUCAUGACUAGUAGUGACCACGUUACCAAAAGCUCCUUGAAAUACAAGGAUUUGCGGCUGAAUGAGAGAAGAGGGAAGUAAACAGAGGGAAUGGGCUGUGUGUCUAUGGAGGUGGAUGGCAUGAACCAAUAUGAUUUGUCCAUGUUAGGCUGUGGAUGGGGGACCUUGAGCUAACUUCAGAUGUCUUCAUAGAGUUUGCAGAUACCCAUGGCAUUCUGUGUUCUUCCUCCAAAUUCAGGGCAAAAGUCAUAAACCCUACUCGAAUUUUGGGAAGUGACUCCCCCCCCCCCCCAAUUUCCUGCUUUGUCCUGUGGUCUGUUCAAUAAGCAUAAACAGUGGCUCUUCCUCACUCCUAAUUCAGCUGCUUAACUUGGACAGCUAGAGGAUAAUCAUGGAGAGAUUGAGCAAAAAUAAUAUCUCAUGGGUUGACGGAGCAGAAUUUGGGACAGACAUUUUCCCCACCUUGGGGACGUGCAUUAUAGCAUGAACAACAACCAAGGUAUCAUAUUGCCUUUUCUGAAGGAAAUAUGAUACCAGCAAUGUCCAUGAUGGUGGCAGAGUGGGCAGUUCAUGAAGGACCAAUCAAUAAGCCUGAGACUCAACACAAAACAAGGGUGCUUUGAAAGUGUGCACGGGGUCACUUUAUACCUGGGUAUCCUUUACUUACCUGAAUUUUACACUGGAUUCACUGGAAGAGGAGAGUGAUGAGCAGGGAGGCUCCAGUCUCUGAAGCACAAAGCUGGACUCCCGUGUGUAUCCUGGAAAACCUGAGUGAGUGGUCCUUCCUGUGAGGGACAUCUGCCUUCUCUUCUCUGCCUCCUAGGCCAUGAUUUACUGCCAGUGAAGGUCAGAUGAGGUCAAUCUGAAUGCUUCUUUAUCAAACUUUAAAAUCUUUGCCACUUUCUUUCAAAGUCUACUGUAACAGGAUUAACUCAUAGCUGCCACUCCAGAGUUUUUAUUUUUAUAUUUAAAUAAUGUGUAAUUUAAGUGUGGUCUCCUUCCACCUUUCCCUCAAAGAAUAUACAUCUGAUAUUCGCCAAGGAGAAGAAGGAGUAUGUUAUUUUUGUAAGCAGCCUUAACUUUUUAAAUGUGUAAAUAGUAUUUCUGUGUUUAACUAAAGAGAAUUUCUCUGAAA